GACCGAUCAGUCGAGUUGCGGAUCUAGUCAGAAGAGGACUUCAUAAACGAUAGUGCUCCCGCGUGCACACAAGCGUCGCCCUCUAAUAUAAUCAAGUUUUGUGUUUUGCUUCGCUCCGAUCAAGAGUCGGCGGCAUCAAUACCAGUUUUGUGAGCAUUUAUUGAUACUAUCUACACACAGUGAGUCGUCGUCGUCGGCCGGUCCACGAGUUCUGAGUCUGGGAAAUUCCCAUCAUCCAGCUUCGGGCAGCUGCACAGUGUAGAGAGUUUUGGCUGAGUUUGGUAAUCUUCGAUUGGAGACGUUCGCAGCAGGAGUAGUUUUCUUCGAAAUGGAGCGUUUGAUUUUCGGUGUAGUCGUCGUUAUAAGCCUGGCCAUAUUUGCCAGUGCGGCUCCUCAGCAUUCGAAUGGCCGUGUUGAUCAGCAACAGCAACUGUCGGUUAGCAAUGGAUUGACCUCCGGAAAAACACCCGCUUACAAAAACAACACACGUGAAAAUCCACUCGGUGAAGGUGAACUGUUUGGCUAUCCGGAAGAUCCGUCCAAUAUCGAAUCAAAGCAGAAUGCUAGGAAUCGAACGCCGGUGUUCAUCCCGAACCGCUGUCAGAAAAACGAGAUACUUUACCCGGGCGAUCAGGAAACCGACUGGGUCUGUGACUGUAAACCAACCUUCAUUUACCACCCGCCGACCAGACAGUGCCACCCACUGUUCACCAAAGGGUACUGCACAGGAAACACCAUGCUCGUCCUAAGGAAGGAGGCCAAGCAGCCGGAAUGCGUUCCGAACAGAUGUCACCGAGCGGAUGCCCAAAUGGUCGAAUUUGAGGGAGAAUGCGUUAAGUUGAACGAUUACCAUGACAAGUGCAGACACCACGAACUGAAGCAGCUGAUUGGCGUCCGGGAAGAUACGAACGAGCUGGGAUGCGUCAACAUUUCCGACGUGGCCGGGAAAUAUACCUAUCCCGGCCACGGGUCGAUCGUCAACGUGACGCAACAGCGUGGACACUGAAUUGGAGGAAAUUGGCUUUGUGUGUGUUUUUUUUUUAUGAUUUAAUAAUAUGAAAUACAGC